AUGGUCGUUGCAGCUGCUGAUGAGCUUGCAGCCGAUGAGGCCGCAGGGCAGAAGCGGAGGACAAACAGCCUGGACCAAAAAGAUUCGGGCGAUGGUGGCGACGAGCCUACCUUCAAGAAGCUCUUGGACACGAAGCGAGCAAAGCGACAAGGGCGCGAUCGGCGAGAUGAGGAGAAGGUAGAAGCUGCCAGCCAGGGCUCGCACUCGCCCAAGAAGGAUCGCAAGAGCCGACGGCGAAGGCGUGAGGAAGAUGAGGGGGAGUCCAACAAUGGUGAGAAAGAGCAAGAAGCUGAUGACGAAGAGGCAGAAGACGACGCGGGAGAGGCGGAGGCGGAGGCGGAGUCUGUUCAGAAGGAAGACACGGAGGUGGAGGGCGAAGAAGCCGAAGAGGAGCGUGAAGACCAGGAGAAGGAGGACGAGCAGGAGGAUGGAGAGGAGAAGGAUCAGCCCGAUGACAAGGAGGACGAUGAGGAAGGCGAUGAGGAGAAGGAGGAGGAGUCGCAGGAGGCCGAGAAGGAUGCCGAAGGUGAACCCGAGAAGUACGAAGACGAAGACCUUGCUGUUGAUGCGACCGAGCUUGCCAAGUACUGGCAGCAGGAGACCCCGCAAGAGGAGGUGAAGGAGGCAGAGGCAGAGGUGCCAGCGAUCGCUGCGAGACCCAAGGUUCGUCCCGCAGCUCGCAAGGCCGUCGCUUCGCCCGCACGCAGCCCCUCAGCCAGGAACCAAAGCCACGAGGCCGCGGCAGAAGCCGUAGCCAGUGCGGCCGAGGACUCCGGGGCCAAGAGCCACGCGUCCAGCAGCGAAGAGCAGCAGGGGAACUCGGCCACGGACGCCAAGGCCGCCGCAGGACAUGACGGUGGGCAUGGCAAGGUUCGGGUCAAGCGCAAGCGUCGAAAGAGGCUGAGGAAGCGGCGUGAGGAUGGAGACCGCAAAACAGAGGAGGACAAGCAAAAUCUUGCUGAUGUGGUGGCAAUGGUCGUUGCAGCUGCUGAUGAGCUGGCAGCCGAUGAGGCCGCAGGGCAGAAGCGGAGGACAAACAGCCUGGACCAAAAAGAUUCGGGCGAUGGUGGCGACGAGCCUACCUUCAAGAAGCUCUUGGACGCGAAGCGAGCAAAGCGACAAGGGCGCGAUCGGCGAGAUGAGGAGAAGGUAGAAGCUGCCAGCCAGGGCUCGCACUCGCCCAAGAAGGAUCGCAAGAGCCGACGGCGAAGGCGUGAGGAAGAUGAGGAGGAGUCCAACAAUGGUGAGAAAGAGCAAGAAGCUGAUGACGAAGAGGCAGAAGACGACGCGGGAGAGGCGGAGUCUGUUCAGAAGGAAGACAAGGAGGUGGAGGGCGAAGAAGCCGAAGAGGAGCAAGACCAGGAAAAGGAGGACGAGCAGGAGGAUGGAGAGGAGAAGGAUCAGCCCGAAGAAAAGGAGCAGCAUGAAGAAGGCGAUGAGGAGAAGGACGAGGAGCCGCAGGAGGUGGUGGCUAAGGAUGCAGAAGGUGAACCCGAGAAGUACGAAGACCUUGCGGUUGAUGCGACCGAGCUUGCCAAGUACUGGCAGCAGGAAGCGGCUGCCUGUUCUGAAGUUGCUGGGACUUUGUCAGUGGUGCGCUGA